AUGGCAGAGAAUUGUCGCGUCACUGCAAUAAAAACUGAAAUUAUACUUUACAUGCGUCAAGAUGUUGCAAUAUCCCAGAGUAUCUGCAGUUUUUCUAUCGUCGUUUAUGUUAAACAUCCUAGAAACGAAGAAAUCCGAUAACUCGGUAAUAUAUUGAAAAUUUUUUAGUGACUUACCAUUUGAUUUAUUGGCUUACGGCAUCGUUCUAAUUAUGAGUAAGGUGGCCUGCAGGAAGAUAUAAACAAGGUAACAUUAAAUGUAACGUUUCCUCAAACAUUGUGAAACUGCUUUGUUGCACAACCUCUUUAAACAAAUUACAAGUAAAUCAAAUUAAGAAAGAUUUCCAAAUGGGAAUACGAAUCUAGAGAGGUAGAAGAUAAAUGUAUAAAAGAAUCACAGAACAGUAAUAAAACAAACGAUAAACAAUGAAAUAUAUAUAUAUAUAUAUAUAUAUACAUAUAUAUACGUAAUUCAAAUUUGAAUCGAAGAACAGGCGAAUCUUGCGAAAGUGGAAAAUCCAUUCUCAAAAUUCUUACGAAAGAUCUCUUUCAGGUGCUGACGGUGACACUCUCCAUAGGUGCGAUGCUCUUAGGCGCCUCUAUUUAUUCUCUGACCGAGUUCCAACAGCGUAGAGCCUUCCUGGAGACCAGGCAGAGCCUGGAAGUGCAGCUGGUGAUUGAGGAGCAAAGCGCGGAACAGGAAAGGCUGCUGCUCAGCGUGCUUCCGGAACACGUGGCUGUGAAGAUGCGGCAGGACUUAGGCGCCUCGCUGGACACGCAAUUCAAGAAGAUUUACAUGUCCAGGCACGAGAACGUCUCGAUCCUCUACGCGGACAUUGUCGGAUUCACCGCGAUUUCCUCCACGUACAGCGCCAGCGAACUAGUGAAGAUUCUGAACGAGCUGUUCGCCAGAUUCGAUCAACUUAGCGAGCGGUACGAACAACUGCGAAUAAAGAUCCUCGGUGACUGUUACUACUGUAUAAGUGGAGCACCGGUGGAAAGACCAGACCACGCUGUCCUCUGCGUCUAUAUGGGCUUGUCGAUGGUGGACGCCAUCAAGUACGUGCAACAAACGACCAAUAGUCCUGUCGACAUGAGGGUGGGUAUACACACCGGUGCUGUGUUGGCCGGUGUCCUCGGUCAGAGACAAUGGCAGUUCGACGUCUACAGCAAGGACGUCGAGCUGGCGAACAAGAUGGAGAGCAGUGGAAUGGCGGGGAGGGUGCACAUCUCGAACGCGACGCUGAGCUUCCUGAACGGCGAGUUCGAGGUCGAGACAGCGCACGGCGAGGAGAGAGAAGAGGCACUCCAGAAGGCGGGCAUCGUCACAUACUUUAUAGUCCGCGCGUUGAAACCCUUCAAGCCAGCUGUCACCAAGAGCCUCGCUUCGCUCACGGAGGACAACAGGAGAACGAUGGACGCUAGAGACGGAAGGAACAACAACAAGGAGGACUCGGAGGAGUUUAGACAGAGGCUGAGGAAGGAGCUCGACAGUAAAACUGGAGGGGCGCAUUUGAAAGGCCAGGCUCACUGGUUGACGCUGCGGUUCAAGGACGCGAAGGUGGAAUCCGCGUUCCACAACGCCGAGGAAGCAUUCUCCCCGUUGUCGCUGCUCGGCGGGCCAUUGGUGAUGAUUUGCACCGCCCCGGUUUGGAGGUUUCAACCCUGGGGGCCUUUCACAUGGGGCGGCAUCGGGGUAGUUCUGCUAUUCGCCGUAGUUCUGGCCGGUGCCACGUGUUUGGCCAGUGCCGUCAAGGCUAUGUGGCUGAGAAGAGCUCUGGCCCUCCUAAUGACAUUUUCCCUCGGUGACUUUUUGCUCCUCGACAUGUUCAACUGCGUAGUCAUCGAGGAAACCAUGCCGAUCAUCACCAUAAACACCACUAUAACCGUGUCACCGAAGUGUCCGUAUCCUUCCUACUACUCGUACUUCGGCGUGCUUACACUCGUGGCGAUCUCGAUGCCGAGCUACGUGUGCUAUCUGGGCAAAGCGUUCCUGAUGUACAGCAUCGCGGGUACCCAGUGCCUCAUCAACAUCUACUUACUGGAUGUCAAGCUCGACUGGGAGGAUUUUGCAUCCUCCCCGGAUAAUUAUGAACCGUCCCCCGUUCCGUCGAAAUACUGCCUAUCCGCAAUUUUACUCAUCGUAGCUACUUCCUUGGUCAUUGUAUCCAGAUACGCGGAGAAGUCGAGGAGGAUGUUGUACCUACGAGGGAGGGAGGUGGUCGCGCAGAGGGAGAGGGCGGCGGACAUGAAGCGCAGAAACGGCGCCCUCAUCUACAACAUACUUCCGCCUCACGUGGCCGCUUACUUCCUGUCGAGGGCGAGACACCACGACGAUCUGUACAGCCAAAGCUACGCGGAGGUGGGCGUGCUGUUCGCCAGUAUGCCGAACUUCGCCGAUUUCUACAGCGAGGAGAGCAUCAACAACCAAGGCCUCGAGUGUCUCAGGUUUUUGAACGAAGUCAUAUCCGACUUCGAUGCGAUCCUCGAUCAGACUAAAUUCAAGGACAUCAUCAAAAUCAAGACGAUAGGCUCGACGUACAUGGCUGCAUCCGGAAUCACCGAGUCAGCGGAGUCCGAGGAUACAGCUCGAUGGAAUCACCUGUCCACCCUCGUCGAGUUCGCCCUGGAAUUAAAGAAAGCAUUGUCCAGCAUCAACGAGCAAAGUUUCAAUCACUUUGUUCUGAAAAUGGGCAUCAAUCACGGUCCUGUGACCGCUGGUGUCAUCGGUGCCCGGAAACCUCACUACGAUAUCUGGGGAAACACCGUGAACGUAGCGUCCAGGAUGGAGAGUACUGGCAAAGUAGGCUGCAUCCAGGUCACGGACGAGACCCGGAAGAUCCUGGAGCCGUUCGGUUUCGGCUUCGAACAACGCGGCCUGGUGUUCGUCAAGGGCAAAGGUCAGCUGCUCACCCACUACCUGGUGUCCAAGGACGGUGUGUCCUUGAACCUGGACAGCGACCUGCCGGUCGAACCCAUCUAUCCGAUCAUCUACCAGUAGGCUAAUACUCGAAGGCUCUAAAAACUUCAACGCAAA